AGGGCUGUCACCCUUUGCUCUGUUGAUGUAGCAUUAGACAUCGUUAAGGGACCUUUACCCCCUGAAGAAACAGUUGCAACACGCACUUACAUAAACCAGUGCUACAAAUUAUUUAAAAUAUUUAACAACAAUUUAGAGGUUGAUCCCAAAUGUUACAAAGAACUUUUAAAAAUAUUGCUCUGGUUUGAUAACUGGUACAAAGAAACCAAACAGGAAAGUUCAAAAGCAACCAGUGGUUUGAAAAACCACUGGAAAAAAUUCAUACCUAGGAUCUCAUUCAAAGACCUAAAGAGAAGCAUCAGAGCUUUCCUGGGGGUAGUUCACUAUGUUCAAAUGCAUCAUCCAGAAUUACACAUGAUUCCAAAGACCAUGUGCCGGAAUGAUGUUGAAAAUUACUUCUCAUUGCAACCUGCAAGAGUGUCAGGAGGAAAACCAACAACAUUACAGUUUUUUUGA